AUGGUGGACCCAAAUUUUGUACAGCAGCUGAACCACUCGAAACAGAUCCGAGCGAAAAAUAGCCAUCUUUCGCAGAAAUACUCAAAGUACCUCUCCAAGACGCUGACUAAGCUGGUUGCUCCUGAUUCAGCUGAAACUGGACUACAAUCCAAAGUCGAAACGAUAUACUCUAAUCAGGAGUCGAUUGCACGACAGAAGGAUGAGUUGGUGAACACGUACCAACAGCUGGGUACUAGGGCCAUGGAAUUGCAUAAAAAGCUUGAAAAAACAACUAAAAGACUACACGAUAGCGGGGCAAACACUGCACAAGGCAAAAUUGAGGUUCUCGAUAGAAAUAUUCGUGUCCUUGAAAAUAGUAUUAAAUUAGUCGAAUCUACCAACACAAGACCCGCGCCUGUGAAUAAAGGCCUUUUCGGCUGA